AUGAAUUCUUUCACCACAAAAAAAUCUCUUCCCCCAAUUCACGGGCUUCUGGCCUUAGCCUUCCUUUUGGUCGCCGGGGCCCAAUGUGCCUCGGCCCAGAACUGCGGUUGUACCAACAACUUGUGCUGCAGCCGGUUCGGCUAUUGCGGCACCGGGGAUCCGUACUGCGGGGACGGGUGCCAGGCCGGCCCGUGCUACGCAUCCCAAGGAGGUGGAAAUCUCGGGAAUAUCGUGACGGAUGCCUUUUUCAACGGGAUCGCUAAUCGGGCUGGGGCAAAUUGUCCUGGGAGAGGGUUCUACACCCGAUCUGCUUUUCUGCAGGCGGCCAGGUCGUACCCUCAGUUCGGGACGGGGUCCCAGGAUGUUGCUAGGCGCGAGGUUGCCGCAUUUUUCGCGCAUGUUACGCAUGAGACUGGGUGUAAGUUCUGCUUUUACAGAAAAAGAAAAAAAAAAUUACCAUGA